AUGUUCUCGCAACGAGCGAUAAAUCUCAUUCUUGCUGUCGGCAUUGGUGUCGGUACAGGUGUUUAUGUCUUCCAACCUCUCUUGAAAGAAUACGAAGCUGAGACUCACGGUACAUGGAUGCGACCUGGUGACGAAGACAAGUUGAAAAAGAUAGAAGGAACCCAAAAGUCCAAUAGUAGCGGUAGUAGUAAUAGCAAUGUAUGA